AAAAAAAAACGCUGGUUAUUGAAAAGAAAGCAAUUCUCCCACGUAAAUUUGGUAAAUGAAUUGAGAUUUACACCAACAGAUUACAAAAAUUAUUUACGAAUGGAUGAAAAAAAUUAUUUGAAACUAUUAUCAUUGAUUACUCCGUUAAUACAAAGACAAGAUACUGUUAUGAGGAAAGCAAUAUCAGCACAUGAGAGACUAUCAGUAACAUUAAGAUUUCUUGCAACAGGAAGAACAUACGAGUGUCUUAAAUAUUCUGCUAUUAUAUCACCUCAGGCUUUGGGCCGAAUAAUACCAGAAACAUGCGAUGCUAUUUAUGAAGCACUGAAAGACGACUAUUUACAGUUUCCAGAUUCAUCGGAUAAAUGGAAGGAAACCGCACAACUUUUUGAAGAGAGAUGGAAUUUUCCUCACUGCUUGGGUGCCAUAGAUGGAAAACACAUAGACAUAGUGCCACCUGCUGAUAGUGGAUCUUAUUUCUACAACUACAAAGGACGACAUAGCAUGGUUCUUAUGGCAAUAGUUGAUGCCAAAUACCGAUUUCUAUUAGCAGAUUUUGGUACAAAUGGAAGAGUUUCCGACGGAGGUGUUUUGCAGAAUACAACGUUUUUUGAAAAGUUACAAAUGAAACAUUUAAAUCUUCCAAACUCCGAACCGAUUCAACACAGUUCAAGGUGUUUGCCAUAUGUAUUUGUUGCUGAUGACGCAUUCCCGUUGAGACCUGACAUGAUGAAACCAUAUCGUCAAGCGGAUUUGAGCAGCUACGAAAAAAAAAUUUUUAAUUAUGGAUUAUCUCGCGCAAGAAGAAUAGUUGAAAACGCUUUUGGCAUACUAGCAUCAAGAUUUCGCAUUUACCAUACUCAGAUCAAUUUAGAACCAAACAAUAUAGAAAAAGUGGUAAUGGCUACAUGUGUUUUGCACAACUUUCUAAUGGAGCACACUCCUAAUUCAUAUGCACCUCCAAGAUGUUUUUAUCAAGAAAAUGGAACUGUUGUUACCACGGGCUACGAUGCCACACGUUCAAACGUAGAAAAUUUACAAGUACAAAAUCGAGGAAAUGUCCUGAAUGAUGCAAAAAAAGUCAGACUAGAAUACCAAACUUACUUUGUCAAUGAAGGCAAAGUACCUUGGCAGGAUAGUUUUAUUGAAAUGUGACAUAUUUCUUUUAUUUUUAUGUAAUAAUAUUGUUUUAUUAAUAAAUGAGCAACUACACCGCUUAAGAGUUUAUACUGUAACAAUCUAUGUAGGUACCUACAUUUUGUAAAGCUAUAAACGACGUUGCAAAAAACUUAGGCACAGACGACCACACAUCACGCGUUACAAGUUGUCGAGAGUACCUACCUACCCUAUCUCAUUGUAACAUAAACGAUAUGAAAAAAUUUACUACAUUGUUUGUGGUCGGCCGUACCUAAUCUAUAAAUUCCAAAAUAAAUAAUUCACUAAUUUAUACUUACAUUCGAAUCAUUCUCGUCAAAGUCCGAAAUGUUAGAUCGCGAGCUGCGAGGAACAUCUUGAUCUCCAAUAAAAUUUAAUAAUUCAAAGUACCACAGUGUUGGUUUAUAAAUGUCAUCAGAUGAUGCUCCAGACUUCACAGAUUCAUCGUAUUUUUUUUUCUCUCGUCUAACGUUACUGCGUAACGUAUUAAUUUUUUUAAUCACAUCAUCUUUUGUAGCAGUUGGCUCCAAUUCCUUGAGCUUAGUUAUCAAUUUCUCGUAUGCUGUCGAUCGUUUGUCUCUGUCGUGAUAUUCUUUGCACUUUACGCGCCAAAGACAAGGUUCCGACUUAUAAAUUUCAAUGAAUUCUUCUAAUGUGGCAUUGCGCUUGCGGCUCGCCAUUUUCGCGAGGAUGAGCGCGCGCGACCUUCCGCCGUCACAAACAAUUAAAAACUGAGAACUGUGGCAGGCAAGCUCGCCGGACGCCACACACGCUCGGUUAUGCUCGCGCGCAAACAUAACCGAGCGGCAUAAAAUAUCAAUUUUGAUAUUUGCUCGGUUGCAUGUACAUGCACCGAUAACUGUACAGUUUAAUCACAUACACGCUAGGGCUUGCCUGUCGGUUAUGCAUGCACGGCUAAAACCAUCAUGCAAAACCUAGCGUGUAUG